AUGGAGGUACGUGGUGCAAGACUGUCCGCCAAAAAACAGCAUGUUCAUAAAGGCGUGGAUGAUGGAGAUGUUCCGCCGCCAUUGCCGCCAAAACCUCAUCAACCACCAAAAAAGUACGAAGACGUGGAUCCUCAUGGUGAGAGUAUCCUUGCAUUGAGUUCUGGGCCUAAACAAAAGCGUGAUAAAAGAGUAGACGAUAGAAAUGUCCCGCCGCCAUUGCCGGCCAGAAAUCUACCGCCAAGCACGUACGAAGACGUGGAUCCUCAUGGUGACAGUAUCCUUGCAUUGAGUUCCGGGCCUAAACAAAAUGGUGAUAAAAGAGUAGACGGUAGAAAUGUCCCGCCACCAUUGCCGGCCAGAAACCUACCGCCAAACACGUACGAAGACGUGGAUCCAAAUGGUGACAGUGUCAUUGUGUUGGGUUCUGGGCUACAACGCGCUGUACCUAAAGAGCCCCUACCUCGAAAACGUACAGAAACGGACAAAGAAAAUGAACUCUCGAAAGGAAGAAAUGAAGAAGAAGCCAACAGAAAGUAUGAAGACGUGGAUCCCGUUGGUUACGGUAUCUUAGAAGAGUCCAAACAGGCGUGCCGAAAGAACGAAGGGUUGGAUCUAGGGUCCAGCGGUGUAAAUGUGAUAUUAAACUCUGGUUUGAAACGCGCAUUACCCGACUUACCCCCUCCUCGCAAACUCGGAAAAGGAGACGACGUGGCGGUGUGUCCAAUGCAAAAUGAUGAAUCGUGCUCGGAUCCGUUCAACAAACCAGGGAACAGCGCUGGACAUUAA